GAGGCGGUGAUGGAGGAACGCAAACCUCACGCUCCGAGUCUCUCCUUCAGCGUGGAGUCACUUAUAGCCAGUGACAGAAACGGCAAGGAGCGAAGCCACAGUAACGAGGACGCGUGUGUGAUUACGUUCAAUAAAACUCAGGUCUCGUCUUGCCAAAACAUGGAGGAGGUGAGACAACUGUUCACCCAUACUUCACUCAAAUCCGAGUCUCCGGAGAUAGACGAGUUAACUACUGCAUGGGUUGCAAACUCUACAUACUCACACUCACGCCAAGUUAGUCCACAGUGCACGCUGCGCAAGCACAAGUCCAACCGCAAGCCACGGACGCCAUUUACGACAGCACAGCUUCUGGCACUCGAACGAAAGUUUCGACAGAAGCAGUACCUGUCCAUCGCAGAGCGUGCCGAGUUCUCCAGCUCGCUAACGCUCACCGAGACCCAGGUAAAGAUCUGGUUCCAGAACCGACGGGCCAAGGCUAAGCGGCUGCAUGAGGCUGAGCUUGAGAAACUCAAACUGGCUGUAAAGCCUCCACUGACAGCGUGCCCACCUUUUACUCUGGCACUGCCUGUCGGACAGCCACUAUACAGUAACUCUUAUCCUUACCAAAGGCCUUUGGUGCCUGUUUCUCCCAUCGGAGUAUAUGGAACACCGCUGGGCUACGGAGUCUAUCACCUGGCAUGAUCGGUUGUGAUUGGGAAGUCUAAGUGUGGAUGCAGCAGCACACAGUAUGGAAUGGAUUUUUCUUCCUGAAUGGAUCUUAAAAGUGCCUCACAUGGAAAGGAUUUAUUGACUGACAAACUUGGUAUUAUUACUGUGUGGGUAUACAUUUAUAGCUAUUUUUGUAUAUAU